AUGGCAGAUUCAUAUUCAAGUUGUAGUAUUCCUCAUACUUUCCAUCCGUCCAUGGUAAACAACCCGAACCCAAACGAGACGAAUCCUGAGUUUGUAAAGAGUUCUGAUGACAUUGAAAAAUGUACGGCAUGCCAUAAAAUACUAUGGGACCCCUUUCAGUUACCCUGCGGUCAUCAUGUGUGUCCUGUCGGCUUAGAUCGUGUACUUGAAGAAGGGCGUUGCUUGGUGAUGGAUUGCAAACUUCCAUGUAGUUCAAAUCAGAUAUUUGCAGAUGCAUGCAAACGAAGAGAAAUUGGAAGUUUAGAAGUGAGAUGCGGAUAUCAGGCUUGCAAGAAAAUAAUAAAGUGGAAAGAGCUUGAGAAACACAUGGAGUCAUGCGAAUACAGAGAAGUGACUUGUGAUAAAUGCUGUGAAUUGGUCAAGAUGUAUAACAUGGAAAAGCACCUUGAUGAAGAUUGUGUUCAGAGGAUUCUUCACUGCCCAGAGGGAUGUGGAUAUUCCACAUCUGCCAUCAACAUGUCGGAACACCUAUCGGAUGAAUGUCCAAAUGUCAUUCUAAGCUGUCCAAACGAAUGCGGAAUGACACAAGCGUCCCGAGAGCAGUUAAGAAAUCAUGUCACUGAAUGCCCAUUAAGAAGAGUUGCAUGUCGAUUCAAAGAUGUCGGAUGCCCAUUUGAGGGUCUGAACGAUGACAUUCACAAACAUUCGGAAGACGCCGUACCCUAUCAUUUGGAACUGAUCGCCUUACGUGAAGAAGCAGUCGAAAAUGUCACGAGGAGUCACAUUGAUGACAUGAAGUUAACGAUUGAACAAAUACUGAGACAAGGGCAGGAGGUGAAGAAGAUAAAAGAUGAAAAUGAAAAACUGAAGAAAGAUUGCCAGAUUAACAGGAAAUCAAUACAGGACUUGAAGAAAGUGCUGGUGACGCAAGGAGAAAAAGUUAUCGUCAACGAAAGGCAUCUUCAGGAAAAGGCCAGUACAGAUGGAGCAGAAAAGAUCAAAAGUGAACUUUCAGCUGUUAAAGAUAUGAUAGAUGGGACUAAACAGAGACUAGAGACCGUGGAGAGAGCGACAGGAUCCGUUGGCCAGAACAGAGGUGAGGGUAACGCAGUGGAGCGCGCUGAAAAGCAAGUCCGACUAAUGGACGUAAGAGUUUGCGAAAUAGAUUUACGAUUGCAGCUCUUUGAGACCAUAAACUACAAUGGUGUCCUCAUGUGGAAGAUCCGAGACUACAGACGUCGGAAAAUGGAGGCAGUGAAUGGUAGGACACUGUCGUUGUACAGUCAACCGUUCUAUACCAGUCAGUAUGGUUACAAACUUUGCGGGCGGGUGUACCUGAAUGGCGACGGAACAGGUAAAGGUGCAUAUCUAUCGUUCUUCGUAGUAGUUAUGAAGGGGGAUUUUGAUGCCCUUCUACCGUGGCCAUUCAUGUUACCUGUCACCUUCAUGCUUCUGGAUCAAAAUGGUACGGGUCUACACGAGCGUGAAUCGUUCACGCCAAACCCUACCAGUAACAGUUUCCAUAAGCCAACGACAGAGAUGAAUGUCGCGUGCGGCGUACCACGCUUCGUAUCUCACACAAAGCUAGAAAGCGAUACAUACCUGAAGGAAGAUAUCGUAUUCUUAAGGAUAGUCGUGGAUUGUACCAAUGCAAAUUACCAAUAUUAA